AUGUGUGCUAAAAAGUCUCCAGAAGAACUGAAGGCCAUUUUUGAAAAAUAUGCAGCCAAAGAAGGGGAUCCUGACCAGCUGUCCAAGGAGGAGCUGAAGCUUCUGAUUCAGGCGGAGUUCCCCAAACUGCUCAAAGGUACGAGCAGCCUAGAUGACCUCUUCAAAGAAUUGGACAAGAACGGAGAUGGAGAAGUUAGUUUUGAAGAAUUCCAAGCAUUAAUAAAGAAGAUAUCCCAAUGA